CGUAAUAGGCUGAUGACUUCAUCCCAGUAGGAAGCAAGAUGGCGGCGGUUGGAGAACACAGGGCCAUGCCGGCCUACCUGGACAUGGCUAGCUCCGUGUACACGGCCAUCACGGGGUAUCUAAGAGACUACGAAGGCGCAGCCACGCUACAGGACUCCAUCAAGGAUGUCUUCGAGUACGGGUUCGUCACCAAGGCGGAUCUGACGCUGCUUGUACUAUUCGCGGCGGCGUGGACUGUGGUUCGGUACGUCGCAACAAACUACGGGUUCAAGCCGUGGGGACGCUGGGCCAACCUCCCUAAGAAGGAACAGGAGAAGAUGCCUGAGAGUGCGUGGAAGGUUCUGUUCUACUCCCUGUCCUGGAUAUACACAUCUCACCUGCUGUUAGGGAAGGGGUACACCUUCUUCCAGGACCCAGCUUCUGUAUGGACAGGUUGGCACAAAGGGAUGUCCAUCCCCACCGACAUCUAUGCCCUGUACCUGGUGCAGUGUAGCUUCUAUCUGCACUCCAUCUAUGCAGUGCUCUACAUGGAUGCCUGGCGCAAGGAUUCAGUGGUCAUGCUCAUCCACCACAUUCUAACCCUGUCUCUCAUUGGCUUCUCAUACAUCUUCAGGUAUCACAACAUCGGCGUCCUGGUGAUCUGGCUACACGACAUCACCGACAUUUUCCUGGAAUGCACGAAGGUCAACGUCUACUUCAAAAACCGCGGCGGGAAAUAUCACGCCAUGAACGACCACCUGUCCAACUUUGGCUGCGGCAUGUUCGGCCUGACCUGGUUUGUUUUCCGACUGUACUGGUUCCCCCUGAAGGUGCUGUACUCCACGGGACACCUGAGUAGAAUCUAUGUGCCGUACCUGCCCUUCUACCUGUUCUUCAACGUCCUGCUGUGGAUUCUGCUGGUCAUGAAUGUCUACUGGUUCUCUUUCAUCAUGAUCUUCCUGUUCCGAGUGCUGACAGGACAGAUGUCUUCGGUGGACGACAUCAGAGAAGACGACAUCGAAACGAAACCCAAGAAAACGGGGGCGAAAGAAACACCCCUCAUGAACGGGAGCCCGAAGGUCAAGAAUGGACCAAACGGGCCUUUGGAGAAUGGGAAUGCAAAGCAGGAGAACCACGCCCACGACGAAUCAAAGAACAACGUCAUCAAAAGGCAACGACCAAAAGCAACCAUGGAGUAGCGACAAUUCGCAUUUCUCUCAGGCGACCUUCACAACCAAGGUCAACUUCUAUUCUUUCAAAAUUGUAUUAUUAUGUUGUAUCCUUAUCAAUUUGCCACUUAAUGUUGGGGUAGUGUGACCAAUCAGAUUGCUCCAAGGUCAUGUGGUUGGGUCAUGUGAUGUAUAUAGGUUGUGAUUGGUUAGAUAAUUUAGUAAUGAUGAGACCUGAGAAUUAUGGGUCAAUGUCACUGGCUACUAUUAUCUGAGGUCAUUCCAUAGCAUCAAGCACUUUGAAAACAAAGCGAAUGAUGUCGAAACUAUGGUAAAUGGGUAUUUAGGAGUGUAAAAUUACUAGAACAAUGCAAGAAAUGCCCAUCUGCUCAAUUCGAGACAACAUUUGGUACCUUUGCCAGUUGUUUCAUGCUAUGGAAUGGUCAUGUGAUCUGUAGGUCAUGUGACUGGUCAUGUGAUCAGUCAUGUGAUCAGGAAGUCAUGGCCUACAGAUUUCAGAAUUCACUCUUCUUUUUUUUCUAAGUUCCAUCUAUUAAGAGGACAUGAUUUGAUAUUGUAAUUUCACCUGAAGGGAGGCCUGCUAUGAAUGAUUAUGUCUGAAAAGAACUGUAUGUGUACUUAUGAUAUUUGUCAAGAAAGUAAAACUGGACAUUUCCAAAAUUCACCUAAAAUUCAGCAAGAACUUCAAACACAAAUUUACUGAAUAGCUGUUAUUAUUAUUAUUAUUAUCAAAAGAGAAGCUGAUUUUAUACUAGGAACUGAACAAAUUUUAUGAAGUCCACUAAAUAUCACACAGAACAAACUUUAAACUGAAAGAAGAAGUUUUUCUGGCUCUAGCGUUAGCAUUUCUGGGUUUCAAAGACUACUACUGUACCAGUAAUUAUGUUAAAGACCCUGUAAAAAAAACUUUUUUCCCUCUUUCCCUUCUUUAUCCUUUUCAAAUAAUUGUACAUAUGUAUGCCCCGGAAAUAGUUUACAGACGGAAACUUUCCAAAGUAAAGUGAUGAGCACAAUUGUGGGGACUCUGUCCCUUUUCUGUAGGAGUGCAAUACGACUUGUGCAAGUGCAACUCUCAUUGUACAAGUGCAAAGCGAAUUGUGCAGGUGCAAAUCAUUUAAACUUGGAUAAGGAUCAUUUGGCCCUUUCUGGCACAAGAAGGAUGCGUGAGUGUGUGUUAGAUGUUUGGGUUAUGAAAUAUGAUGUUGUAAAAAGGAUUUGAUGAAUAUGUGGCAUAACCUAUGAAUGUAUUCUGUCUAUCAAUGUCUCUGGGAAUAAUAUUAUGUAGGAUUUAUGUUAAAUCUGCCAGUAAAAGGGUACAUAACGUCAGGAAAGUCAGAAAACUUUCCCAGGGGUAUCUGAUGAUAAUACCUGUAAAUUCUCAGUCCCAUUGCUCACACUAGACUCCUUAUUUUGGCAGAGAACAAGAAUUAAACUUAACCAGAGAAGGUAGAAGGCGUAUCCCACAAUACAUUGCCGUUUCCUGUCUAUCCAACAUAUAUAUGGGAAAAUUGGGCAAAACUUAGAGGCAUCUUUGCUCGUUCCACAAACCCGGGCCAGCUGGGGGUUAAAGAUCACAGGGAACUCUGGGAUAUGCCUCCUGCCUCCUCUGAAAAACUUAACAUUCAGAAGAGGAAUGUCGAAAAAUGAUUUGGAACUUGGCUCAAGAAAGCUACAAAGGCGUAUGUUACCGAAACGGAGUAAAAAAAAAUUUAGAUUGUGAAAAGAACAAAAAAUUGAUGUUCAUACUGAAAUGAGGCGUCUUUUGUUGGCAAGGGAGACUGUCUGAAACUUGAAGGGGAAUGAAAUCUCAAAUCUGGGACUGAUUCCUUUCAACUCGAUGUAAAAUGUGAUGUGAAUUUCAUGGUACAAACGUAGGGUAGCUCCUUGGAGUGUUGUAUGAUUGUGUACUAGAGAAAAUGCAGAGCUCCGUGGAGUAAAGUGAAUUAGCUCCUGAUGUGGAAGAGUAGUGCAGUAGUUUCUCCAUUGAACUUGUAGGAGCUUUAGCAGAACUCCACAGACAAAAAAGCACCAAUGUAAUGUAUAGGAUUGACAACACGUAGAUCUGUGGAAUUAUAGAACUGCUUUUAAUUAAUUCCAUUGAAAUGCAUAGUUCCAUGAAGCAUAGACGUAUAUAGCCAUUCUCUGCAAACUCCUUUUAAAUGUAACAUGUGAAACAAUAUGGCAUAAUAUCAUUAUCUAAUCUAAUGUAGCUAAGUGUCACUGAAUGUACAAACUGAAAAUUCCAUUGUCUUAGGUGAGAAGUUCAUGUAUUAGUGUUCUAUUUAUGGA